AAAUAACGAUUACAAAUAUAUCUUUUAUUUGAAAACCUAUCAUCCGAAAAAAUGAUGUAUUUAUUUUACGAUCAAACUUCUUCAUAAUUUACAUUGGACAAAUAACGAAAAAAAAUAAAACGAAAAAUUAAUAAUGAUGUGCAUUGUAAUUGGAUUUUGUAAUUGGAUAAAGUAAAUCAAAAUUUAAUUGUAUAUGCGUACGUAAUCUAAUUUUUUUUUUCUUUCUCGAAUGCAUCGUCCAAAGUUUCCUUUAUUUCCUGGUAGAAAAGAAGCCGUUAUUUUGUCGAAUAAAAGGUGAAAGACCUCGGUCGUAUAAAUCGUUAAAAAUGUAUUCAAGACACGAAGAGACAGACGUAUUUCGACUGGAACGUAUGGUCUUAACGAGGAAAGUAUAUACACUCGCGGACGAUCUCAACCAAAUGUAACCGUCUUUGACGAUUCGUGCCAAGGGCGAUAAAAAUCGACCGGUAGCCGAGUAGGCGCGAUCUCUCUUUGUGUGGAUUGAGUCAUAACAUAAACCUCAAUAUAUACAUAAGUACUUACAUACUUGCAUAUAUACAUACAUACAUACACACAUUAUACCUGCAACUCUCGGCCAAAAGAAUGCGAUCACCAAAUAUCACGGAUGUGUGAUGAAAAUUUCAUACCAUAUACAGUUUUUAAUUAAAACAACAAAAACAAAUGAUAUCCUAACAAAUGAACAUUAUAUUUAGGAAUAAUCUUAAUAUAUAUAACAGAAAAAAAAUUAAAAACAGCAUAAAAACGUAUUGAACUUCAAUCAAAUCAUAUUAUUUAACUCGAAUUAUUUGCUUGAAUUUGAAAAGUAAGCUUCCUCGUCAAGGUUGCGAAACCAUGAACAGUUAAAAAAAAUGAUGAGGAAACGAUACGGAUUAUGGCGACAAAAAACUUGCUUAUCCGUAAGAAAUGACACUCGAUAGAUUUUCUGUAUUUUUUUUUCAUUUUUUGAUCAUACAUAAUACAUAAUGUAUUUAAUGUGAUAUAACAGGACAAUGCGGAUGACUGCAAAUAUCAUUUAAUUUCUUGUAAGUAAAAACAUACUUUGCAUUUGUAAUUGAAUGUAUAAUAUUAUGUAAAAAAAAAAAAAAGAAAUGCUAAAAAUCUAAUCUCCAUUUCACUGAUCGCACUAAAUGCUUUUUUUGUCUAGCUCUGAUGAAAGAUUAUUCAUACUAUAAAUUUACAAAUAAACUUUCUCGUGCAUCGUAUUUUUAGCAAAAAACUGUAAGAAGAGAAGAAAAUAUUACGAUAGAGUCUAGACUGUUUCGAAAAUAUGACUCAUGCGGAUCCAAGAGGUAAAAAGAUACAGGAAAAAGUAUAUCAAAGACAGACAUGCGGCAACGAGGUUCGUUUGAAUGUCGUUGAGAAGAUCCUCCUUCGUCGAAAGGACAGAAGAAAAGAAAAAAAAAGAAGAAGAAGGUGAAACGUAGCUGCAGGAGGCUAACCAGGAGGAUCGUCGUGAAGCGUCGACCUUGAAACGAACUCGAGGAACGGAGAGACUAGGGAGAGGUUUUGCCUUGGGUAAUCGGUGCCGCGGACUCAAAAACUAGGCCUGCGCAUAUGAUGACGUCACGAGCGAUGCCGCCUCGGUAAAACGUGCCGCCUGGAGAAAGGAAUCGCUUGCGAGUAAGAAACUUGGUGGGGGUCUCCUUUAGUUAGAGAGGUUUUACGUGUAGAACUUUACGGAUAGGCUCGUUCGUUCGUUAUGUUGUUGAAAGAAAAGAGAGAAGACCAUAAUAAUAUGGGAAAAGAGAAGGAGAAGGACGGUAAUCUGGUGGUGGCGGUUGGUAAGAACGAAGCAAGUAGACCGGCGACUUUCACCGUACAGCUAAGAUCGGCUUGUGUCGGUUCGUAGCUUGAUUCUCAACAACUCGACCACGCUCUUGGCCCAAACCACGUUACAAAAAGCUAAGAAAUAAGAAAAAAAAACAGACAAAAAGACAAAUAGAAAGAAUAUCGAUCUUGAACAAUUCUUUGAAAAACCUCAACGUUAUCUUCAUCUUUCUUGUCUUUUACACCAAAGUGAAAAAAAUCUGAUCGCGCUGAUCGUGUACAAGGAUUCUCGAGAGCCAGCAUAAUACUUUUUUUUUUCAACUUGACCGGCACGCACGUGACGUUGUGAAUUUACCCGUGCCCGCAUUGUUAGUUUUUCUAACUUUUUGCUUAACAUUCCUAUCUUGAAGAAACUCGUGAGGUGACUCAAUUCGACGUUUCCAACCGAUUCUCCGGAUUUUAUGUUCAAAUGUGCCCCUAUUCUAUUUAGUAAUUCAAUUUGUGAGUUUCGAAAGAAAAGUGAAACAAGGAAAAUGAAUCGUUCGGAUUGUCGCUGAGAAAACGUGAAAUUCUACUUUUUCUUUUUGGGUCACCUAGAGUGAGAUCCAUCAGAUCCUGGUUUUCUUCGUACAGAUGAGAUAUGGCACCGAUUUAGAUCUUUCUGAAGAGUAAAGAAGAACAACGAUGACAGGGAAACGUAUAUUUUUGGUCCGUUUCUUCAAACGGUUGCAUUUGUUUCUCUGGGUUCUUUGGAUCGUGUUACUCGUUGAAACUGGAGCAUUUUACAAUGAUGUGGAGAAGCAAAGAUACGAUGGAUGGUACAACAACUUGGCCCAUCCAAAUUGGGGAUCAAUCGGCAGCAGGCUGAUACGAAAGGUACCUGCAGCUUAUUCCGAUGGUGUUUAUGCAUUGGCUGGCCAAGACAGACCCUCGCCAAGAAAACUAAGUGAUUUGUUCAUGCAAGGAGAUGAAGGUUUACCUUCCGUUAAGAACCGGACUGCUCUGUUUGCUUUUUUCGGGCAACUGAUCACGUCGGAAAUAAUCAUGGCCAGCGAAAGUGGCUGCCCUAUUGAGUUCCAUCGUAUCGACGUGGAUAAAUGUGAUCCGGUUUUCGACAAGGAGUGCCAAGGUAACAAGUACAUUCCUUUCCUACGUGCCGAUUACGACCGCCAAACUGGACAUAGCCCGAACAGCCCUCGCGAACAGAUAAAUAAAGUAACAAGCUGGAUCGAUGGUAGCUUCAUAUACUCCAGUAGCGAAGCAUGGGCGAACACUAUGAGAGCAUUCAAGAACGGAAGUCUCCUCAUGGAACCGAGCAGAAAAUUUCCCGUGAGAAACACCAUGCGCGCCCCGCUCUUCAAUCAUGCCGUUCCACACGUUAUGAGAAUGCUCAGUCCAGAACGGCUUUAUCUACUCGGAGAUCCAAGGACCAAUCAACAUCCACCGUUACUCUCAUUAGGAAUCCUAUUUUAUCGUUGGCAUAACGUUAUAGCGAGUCGUGUGCAACGAGAAUAUCCGAACAUGUCCGACGAAGAAAUCUUUCAGAAAGCACGACGUAUAGUUAUAGGAACUUUGCAGAACAUCAUUUUAUAUGAAUAUCUUCCCACGCUUUUAAACGAAGAAUUACCAGCGUAUACUGGUUAUAAGGCUGAUCUCCAUCCAGGAAUAAGUCAUAUUUUUCAAAGUGCUGCUUUUCGUUUUGGACAUACUCUCAUACCACCUGGUAUAUACAGACGUGACGAAAGAUGCGAGUUUCGAAAGACUAACGCGGGUCAAGCAGCAAUCAGACUCUGUUCUACUUGGUGGGAUUCGAACGAAAUUUUAUCAAAUAGUACUAUAGAAGAACUAAUUAUGGGAAUGAGCUCUCAAAUAGCCGAAAAAGAGGACAACCUUCUCGGUACAGAUAUACGAAACAAUUUAUUCGGACCCAUGGAAUUUUCCCGCAGGGAUCUUGGGGCUCUUAAUAUAAUGCGUGGUCGUGAUAAUGGAUUACCGGAUUACAAUACAGCACGAAAACAUUUCAAGUUAACGCCAAGGAAAACAUGGAACGAGAUUAAUCCUGACUUAUUCAACAAAAAUCCAUCUCUUUUGCGUACACUCGUUGAAAUCCACUCUAACAACUUAAAUAAUGUUGAUGUUUAUGUUGGCGGUAUGUUGGAGUCCAGUGAUGGUCCAGGAGAACUUUUUACUGCGGUUAUUAAAGAGCAAUUUUUACGCUUGAGAGAUUCUGAUCGCUUUUGGUUUGAAAACGAAGAGUCUGGGAUAUUUACCAAAAACGAAAUAGAAGAUAUACGUCGUGUGACGUUGUGGGAUGUAAUCACUAAUGCGACCAAUAUUUCACCGGACACAAUUCAAAAGCGAGUAUUUCUUUGGGAAGAAAACGAUCCGUGUCCUCAACCUUUCCAAUUGAAUUCAUCCGUUCUCGAACCCUGUUUACCGUUACAACGAUACGACUAUUUUGAAGGCAGUGAAUUCGUAUACAUCUACGCUUGCGUCUUCCUAGGAUUUUUUCCAAUUUUAUGCGCUGGUGCCGCUUAUGGUUUGGUUAAACUACAAAACCGACGAAGACGUCGUUUACGUAUACUUCAAGAAGAAAUUCAAAGAAAAAGUGACUCGAAUCGAAUUUGCGUCGAUAAAAUGGUCGUACGCGAGUGGUUGCACGCUAAUCAUCGUCGUUUGGUGAAAGUUCGCUUCGGUCCAGAAGCAGCUUUGCAUAUCGUCGAUCGAAAAGGAGAAAAACUUCGUACGUUUGAUUUUAGUGGCGUUAAUACAAUAACCAUAGAAGAAUCUCAGGAAAGCGAAAGUGGGCAUAGAAAGGCACUGGUAUUGUUACGUAUACCGCGUGAUUACGACCUUGUCCUUGAACUCGAUUCCUUGGCCUCGCGCAGAAAGUUCAUUGCGAAAUUGGAAACGUUCCUGUCGUCCCAUAAGAAACAUUGCACGCUUUUCCAAGUUAACCGCGAUGUUAUGCUCGCAAAAGCGGAAACUAAAGAACGUCGACAGAAGAAACUCGAACAGUUUUUCCGAGAAGCUUACGCGUUGACAUUUGGUUUACGUCCUGGGGAAAGACGAAGACGAUCCGAGGAUAGCGACACGGGCGAAGUUAUUACAGCUAUGCGUACAUCUCUUUCAAAAAGUGAGUUCGCUAGUGCACUAGGUAUGCGUCCUGAUGCAGUUUUCGUGAAGAAAAUGUUUAAUAUCGUCGACAAAGAUGGCGACGGUCGCAUAUCCUUUCAAGAAUUUCUCGACACCGUGUUGCUAUUUUCCCGUGGUAAAACUGAGGACAAAUUGCGUAUUAUUUUUGACAUGUGCGAUAAAGACAGCAACGGUGUCAUUGAUAAAGAAGAAUUAUCCGAGAUGUUAAGAUCCCUCGUUGAAAUUGCACGUACUACGAGUCUUUCCGAUGAUCAUGUCACCGAACUCAUCGAUGGAAUGUUUCAAGACGCUGGACUUGAAAGGAAAAAUUAUCUUACUUACAAUGAUUUUAAAUUAAUGAUGAAAGAAUAUAAAGGUGAUUUUGUUGCCAUCGGAUUGGACUGUAAAGGAGCAAAACAAAAUUUUCUGGACAUGUCGACAAACGUCGCACGAAUGACGAGCUUUCAUAUCGAUCAACUGCCACCGGAAGAUUCGAAAAGUUGGACCCGUAAACAAUGGGACGCAAUAUCGACUUUUCUCGAGGAAAACAGACAAAAUAUAUUUUAUCUUUUCGUGUUUUACGUUAUCACUAUAGCACUAUUCGUGGAAAGAUUUAUACAUUAUUCUUUUAUGGCUGAACAUACGGAUUUGAGACACAUUAUGGGUGUUGGUAUAGCUAUAACUCGAGGAUCUGCAGCAGCUUUAUCAUUUUGUUACAGUCUAUUACUCCUCACGAUGUCUCGCAAUCUUUUGACCAAAUUAAAAGAAUUCUCGAUUCAGCAGUAUAUACCAUUGGAUUCACACAUACAAUUUCACAAAAUAGCCGCGUGCACAGCUCUCUUUUUUUCCAUUUUACAUACGGUCGGACACAUCGUGAAUUUUUAUCACGUAUCGACACAACCGAUAGCACAUCUCCGUUGCCUCACAAACGAGAUCAGUUUUCCAAGCGAUGCCAAGCCAACUAUCACAUUUUGGCUCUUUCAAACGGUGACAGGUUUAACCGGUAUUCUACUUUUCCUCGUAAUGACGAUUAUUUUCGUCUUCGCUCAUCCCACGAUACGUCAAAAAGCAUAUAAAUUCUUUUCUUUAACUCACAGUUUGUAUGUAUUAUUUUAUGCGUUAUCAUUGAUACAUGGUUUAGCCAGAUUAACCGGCUCGCCAAGAUUUUGGAUUUUCUUCGUAGGUCCAGCUAUCAUCUAUGCUCUUGACAAGGUCGUAAGUUUGAGAACGAAAUAUAUGGCCCUUGAUAUAAUUGAAACGGAAUUGCUACCCUCCGAUGUAAUAAAGAUAAAAUUCUAUAGACCUCCAAAUCUAAAGUAUCUCUCGGGUCAAUGGGUACGUCUCUCGUGUACUGUCUUUAGAUCGAAUGAGUUUCACUCAUUCACCCUUACUUCGGCGCCCCACGAGAACUUCCUUUCGUGUCAUAUAAAAGCGCAAGGUCCAUGGACCUGGAAAUUAAGGAACUACUUUGAUCCUUGUAACUAUAAUCCGGAGGACGAUCAUCCUAAAAUACGAAUCGAGGGACCGUUCGGAGGUGGAAAUCAAGACUGGUAUAAAUUCGAAGUGGCAGUUAUGGUUGGCGGGGGAAUUGGAGUUACUCCGUAUGCUUCCAUGCUGAAUGAUCUCGUCUUUGGUACUUCCACCAACAGAUAUUCCGGAGUUGCCUGUAAAAAGGUAUACUUCCUUUGGAUUUGCCCAUCCCACAAACACUUUGAGUGGUUCAUCGACGUUCUCAGAGACGUCGAAAGGAAAGAUGUAACCGACGUUCUCGAGAUACAUAUAUUUAUAACUCAGUUUUUUCAUAAAUUCGACUUACGUACUACCAUGCUUUAUAUCUGUGAAAAUCAUUUUCAAAGAUUAUCUAAGAAAAGCAUAUUCACUGGACUGAAAGCUAUUAAUCAUUUUGGUCGACCGGAUAUGACCUCCUUUCUAAAGUUCGUUCAAAAGAAACAUAGUUACGUCAGUAAAAUAGGAGUAUUUAGUUGCGGACCACGACCUUUAACCAAAAGUGUAAUGUCUGCUUGCGACGAGGUGAACAAAGGUCGUAGACUACCAUACUUUAUCCACCAUUUUGAGAACUUUGGCUAGUUAUUGCGAAAAUAGAAGUGGAAACCCGCUGCUUUCUACGGACUCCUCUGGAACAUAUUGAAGAUAGUGUAUAUAUUUAUUGUGUUAGUGUGUGUGCCUUAUUUAUAAUUAAUAUUAUAUUUCUUAUUUAUGAA